AUGGCUCCCAGCCUGUUCAUCUGCCCCAACGAGGUCAUCGACCACAUCGUCAAGUUGCUUCCGAAUGUCAAGGCCGCUCGCGAGACCUGCAAGAGACUCAACCGCAUUUCCUCGCCGUAUUUGUUUCCCGUUCUCUACAUUUCAUGUCAUCAACUCGACCUCGAUGUCUUUCGCAUGGUCGCUAAGAAUCCGCUUCUUAUCGGUGGUGUUUGUGAACUCGUCAUCGAUGACACCACUCUCCCUGUCUCGAUUCCAGACUGGCCGACCUACCAGAAGGUGCUAAGUCUCCCAGACCCCUCAGAGAACCGCCGAUCUUUCCUUGAGCUGGCGGCAUCUCAACACUGCAUUCAAAAGGGUCAUCAUGAGAAUCGCCUUGCCCGCGCAGACUACCACGCUCUUAAGCAGGCACUACCCCAUCUGAAGCGCCUUAGGAGUCUUGUCCUCAUUAAUCGCACUGCUAAUGAUGGUAUUGAUAAUGGCUUCCAACAGGGCGCUCAAAGCCUUGAGUCGUUUAGUCCUGUCCGCAAAUUUUGGAGGCGAUUUGAAUCCAAGAGGGACUAUCCGGUGUCUUUCACUCCGAGAUGUGACUGGGUGCCGACUAGCAAAGGCCUCCUAGACAAAACACCGAUCUACGGGAUAGAUUGGUUAGACGAUCGAUUGACCGACGACAUCACGCCAUGCGGAGUACCAAAUACCCUGGCAGGCUCACCUGCCUUCAAAGAACUUGUCACUAUCACCCUGUUCGCCAAACAGUCACCAUUUCCUACCCGACUAGCCAAAGGGUUCAGCGCCACGAACAUAACAAAGUUCAAUCUGACUCUUGGAACCGGUGCUCCGCUUGAUGUUGGCGUUGGGGAGCGCCUUCGCACCAUCUUCGAAUCCAUGCCGCAGCUUGAGGAGCUGUUCUUCGAGCCUCAUGAUAUACACCACUUUUCCGCCAUCCCAACAGAAAAGACUUUCCCAAGACUACGCAAGAUCACAUUCAACUGCGGAUUAAUGCGCUUGGAACAAUUGUUCAAAUUCCUUCGAUCCCAUGGUGCGACAUUGAAGUCACUUGUUGUCGAGCACUGCAAAAUCGCGCUGGAGCCAGAGAACGAACCUGAAGACAUGUUACCCAUGCUCAUCUCUGAGCUGCGUUCUCUCCACCGUGAUGGCGCACUAAAACUUGAAAACGGCCUAGUCAGCGAACUGUGCCAUGGCGCUGUGCCACAAACCUGUUGUGCGAAAUUGUACGGAUUCAGAGAUGAGUACAACGUCACUUGGGACUAUGAGGGAAACGGAGUGUGGGAACGACGAGAAGAAGUAGACUCGGAAGAUGAUCUAUAA